AUGUCUGCUUUGAAAGGUUAUGGCUUGUGUUCUAUGGACUCUGCUCUUCAAUUCCCCUGUCCAAGGCCAUUCGAAGGAUUCAAAAGAAGAAGCUCGAAAUGGGUCUCUCCGAAAGCAGCUGUUGUGCCGAAUUUCCAUCUCCCAAUGCGUAGCUUGGAGGUCAAAAACAGGACGAACACAGACGAUAUAAAAGCACUACGUGUGAUCACAGCCAUCAAAACACCGUACCUCCCAGACGGAAGAUUCGACCUUGAAGCCUACGACGACUUAGUCAACAUUCAGAUCCAAAACGGAGCUCAAGGAGUCAUCGUCGGUGGCACAACCGGUGAAGGACAGUUGAUGAGUUGGGACGAGCACAUCAUGCUCAUUGGCCAUACAGUGAACUGCUUCGGCAGUAGCAUCAAAGUCAUUGGCAACACAGGAAGCAACUCCACGAGAGAAGCAAUCCACGCUUCUGAGCAAGGCUUCGCUGUUGGCAUGCACGCAGCGCUUCACAUCAACCCUUACUAUGGCAAGACUUCCAUCGACGGUCUCAUUGCUCAUUUCCAGUCCGUUCUUCAUAUGGGACCGACGAUUAUCUACAAUGUUCCGGGGAGGACAGGGCAGGACAUUCCGACUCACGCCAUCUUCAAGCUCUCCCAGAGUCCUAACUUGGCUGGUGUGAAGGAAUGUGUUGGGAACAAGAGGGUUGAGGAGUACACUGAGAAUGGGGUUGUUGUGUGGAGUGGGAAUGAUGAUGAGUGUCAUGAUUCGAGAUGGGAUUAUGGAGCGACUGGUGUUAUCUCUGUUACUAGUAAUUUGGUUCCCGGUUUGAUGAGGAGGUUGAUGUUUGAAGGGAAAGACUCGGUUUUGAACGCAAAGCUUUUGCCUUUGAUGGAUUGGUUGUUCCAUGAGCCGAAUCCGAUUGGUGUGAACACUGCUUUGGCUCAGCUUGGAGUGGCGAGACCGGUGUUUAGGUUGCCGUAUGUUCCGUUGCCACUUGCUAAGAGGAUUGAGUUUGUGAAGAUUGUGAAGGAGAUUGGGAGAGAGCAUUUUGUUGGGGAGAGAGAUGUUCAAGCUCUUGAUGAUGAUGAUUUUAUGCUAAUCAGUCGGUAUUAG